UCUAGCAGGCUAUGAUGAGAGUCAAGGGGAUCUUAUUUACAAGGUUUAAACCAUCUCGGUUUGAACCUCGGUCAACCUAAAGUUGUGACUGUGGUGGACAAGAAGGAAGGCUAUGCUUUUGAGCUGCUGUUACUUGGGCUCAUGCUAACACCCUGCCUGCGACCGCCGACCAGUUCAAUUCUUAUGCGAUGAAAAAUUCAGAACUCUCUGUCACCGUUUCCAAUGGGUGUUUAAGAUUAUCCCUGUCGGCCAAGAAGGUCUGCUGCAGGUGAUUCCAUAAUAUGAUGGCCAUCCAUUUGCCUCCGAAUUCUCUUUACAGAGACUUCAUUUGUCAUUCAACGAGAGCUUCCAGCUGCCGCCCUGGGAGAAGCAUUCACGAGAUUGCGAUGGGUCUUCUUGAGCACUGUGGAGUUGCAGCUCGCACAAGCUGUGCUGCAUCGCAGAGUUCGGGCCAUUGGCAUGUACCCCUCCCGGUGUGUCCUGGAAUCGAACGGCGGUGCAUGCUUCAGUUUGAGGGAGGCAAGCCAGGGAGAUGUUUGGAUGCCGGCCCAAGAACAUGGUCAUGCAAGGAUACCAUGAGCAAGUGCGCUGCGGACCGCCUGCAUGCCGUGUAUCUGCUACAGACACGGCGUUGCCAUUAUACCAUGGUGCCACCAUAUCGUAGAGCGGACUCGACAGAUCGCACUUUGGCAAGUGGAGUACGAGCAUGGAACACAGGAGGGUUUCCGAGAACAUGGCGUACAGGUCAUCGGCUGCUGCACGACACACAGUAUAUUCCGCCUGGAAUGUCGGUCUCUCACUGCUUCCCUGGGCCAGAUAACAGGGAAAGUGAACAGGAGGCUUCGCCGCCGGCCAUCAAAGAGUUGAUUGACGACAUCGCCGACGGCAAAAUCAAGGUGGAGGGCUGGAAAGUGCUGCUUAAAGCGACCGGGGAGGAGGUUGGCAAUGUUGCUGAGGUGUUUGACAGUGCCGCUCGGGGGGUGAAGGGCAACACAAAGGGCAUGUUAAGUAACCCCACCUUGCGGGUUCAGGCCUCUUUGUAUCGAACACCUCACUACGAUCAGGCCACCGAUGUGAUCUCCUUGGCGUCUCAACAAAAAGAGCAAACAAAGCCGAUUGAUGACGGCAGUGGUGAAGCAAUAGGCAAAGAAGAGGCUGAGGGUGAUGAGUGGGAGCAAGAGACAGCCGAUGACGAUAGUGUGUUUGAUUGGGAAACAAACUCUGAUGAUGAUGCUGGCUCUGAAGGGGCAACAGCACGCCAGAAUGUGUUUUGUGUGGAAGCAGACAGUGAAUGUGCCAGCAGGGGGGACUGGGAUCGCGUUUGCAGUCAUCGUAACAGUCCAGUGUCGUCGUCCUCUUUCCAAAAUUCUCCUGCGGUUUCACCACCGACGAAUCAGGUGAACUGGAGGGAUUCCACGAAGGAUACAGCCGCUUCUCUUCCCCGUAUGGUUGAUGCACGUAAUGUAGACUCAGCUGAUGACCAGGUGCAGUUCCUCAUCCCUCUGGUGCCUGCUAUAGUCCAAGGCGUCGAUACCUCUGCAAGGCAACUCGUCAUCGAACCUCCUGAAGGUUUGUUGGAUCUGGGUGAGAUCCCGAGAAGGUUAUCCGCGUUAAGGCCUCUCCUGCUUCAGUUCUGUGCAGAACAAUCGGAAGGGGUUGAGAAAUGCCGCAAAAAGAGAAGAAUGAAAGCAAAGGGUUUUGUGGUGUGGCGUCAUGGGGCAGUCCGGACUAGCGUUCCAACUGACAACCAAGCGAGGGAGGGGUACAUGCCCACGAGGCAACAGCUGUUGGCUGCUGGGCGACAGGAUCUGGUACAGAAGAUCGCAAUGGCUGGAGGAUUUCCAGCUGUAGCGCAAGCCCUGAAUCUGCGGUCAAGGCGCCGGCCUAUUGGUUUCUGGGAGGACCUUCAGAAUCUUGAUGCCGAAAUUGAGUGGUUCAUUGCACAGAGUUGGAAGAAGCAGAAGAUGAAUGUGUCGAGCUCUGUGAAGGUUUGGUAUUACAACACGAUUACAAAGGCUGUCUCAUGGGAAAAGCCACCCCGUCCUGACGUCAGAUCUCCUUUGCCGGUGAGCAGCCACCCUGAUGAUGCUGGCACAGCUGUGAUGCCAACAGCAAAAGAUGUUCUCUCUGCAGGACGGUACGAUCUUCACAUUGCCAUCAACUUGCAUGGUGGUUAUCGUGAAGCUGGUGCGCAAUUAGGACGCCAAAAGUUGCCAUCGCCGUUGUCCAUGGCACAAGUCAUGUCGGAGAUUAGACAAUUCAUGGAUUCUGAAGGGCUUUCAGAGUUCCCUACCUCAAGGAUGCUGAAGGAGAGUGGCAGGCUGGAUCUAUGGUUAGCGGUACGGCGGUUUGGGGGGACACGUACUUUUGCCACAGCAAUGCGAGUGCGGGCUGCGCGCAAUGGUAGGCACUUUUGGGAGGACCUAGAUUCUGCGGCAGUAGCUAUCUGGCAGUACAUAACCUGCAAAGAGGAGGUAGUUCACACAUCCUCUGAGGGGACUAAUAAGCAGUCUACGCAGAAUGCGAGCCCCGAAAUGUCAGGAAAAGAGGAUGAGAGACUCUUGUCUACCCCAUACACAGCCUUCGCCUCAGAGCUCAGGAUGCCAACACUUGUAGAACUACAAGAUGCCGGCCGCUGGGAUUUGCGCUAUGCAAUAAUGAAGUUCAGUGCGGCUAGGAUCGCAGCCCGCCUAGGGUUGGAGGCAAACAGAGCCGGAAGGAAAACACAGAUUCGGAAGAGCAGCAACGUGCAUGGUGGGCACAGAGCAGGAUAUGGUUAGGGGAGUGACAUGAGUUGUCUGGUCAUGUUUGUAAAGAGGUUAGAAUUGCAGGAUGCAUGCACUUUGAGCCAAACAGACGAGGGCAUAGUGGCCUCUCAGUUUGCAGUGGAUAGAGGAGGGAGUCAUGUGCGCUGUGCUGUGUGAUCGUGUUUGAAAAGAGGAUAGAUAGAAUUGCAGCAUGCAUGCACUUCGAGCGAAACAGACGAGGGCAUAUUGGGCUCUCAAGCUGCAGUGGAGAGAGGGGGGAGUCAGGUGCACUGUGCCGUAAUGAAGCAUUGGAACAGGUAGGAUCACAACACAUCUGCUAGAGGCAAAUGGAGCUGGGAGGAAAUCAACUGGUCAGAAAGAGUGGCAGAGAGCAUGGCGGACAGAAAGAACAGGCAGUGAUUAGGAGUAAGACUUGUGCAGCACUAUUUGCGGGCUUCAAGGCAAAUAGAGCAGAGUUGGCGGAGGAAAGACGAAGGGGCUGGAGAGAAAAAACUACAUGGUGAAGUGUCCUCUGAGAGACUACGUUUGAGGACUUGAGAGUCUGUUACUCGUCCGCCCAUUUGGGGGGGAGGAGGGGGGGGAAGAGCAGAGAGAAAUGAUCAAGCCCGUAGGCUGUCAAAAAGCAUGGUGGAUGAAAAGUGGGUUGAUGGAUACGGAAGUGACUUGUGCUAUCUGGCAGUGAAGUUUGGAGAGACGACAGAAUCUCAGCACAUGUAGGCUUGGAGGCACAUCUGGGCUUUGAGGCGCGCAGAGCAGGGAGGAAGUGUACAAGCCAGAGCAGCGACAAAGAAACAUGAAAAUACAGCAGCUUUGGGAUAGGGCGAUGGGCGAUUUGAGUUAGUAGGGGAACUUCAGUAAUGACUUGGAGGGCCUUACAGGGGUUACAGCAAGUGGCACGCAUUGAGCCACCAGAUGAGGCGAGGCCUCUGUCAUGGCUACUAGCAUUAUUAACGUAUUGGACAGGGUGUAGGAAGACUGGUACCGAACAGAGUGCGCCCUCCUGCUGUGCGUAUUUGUUGUCCGGACUGGUGGUUUGAGGGUCAGAAUCAUCAGACCCUAUUGAACAUUUCCUAUCAUGAAAAAAAAUUGGCCAGAUGGGACCAGGCUUUAGAACGAAGGUCGAGAAACGUUAUAAACUAACUCAAACUCGUAAAGUCGAUGUAAUGUGCCAGGUACGUAAGAACAUGGCUGUUCGUUCAAGUGGGGACUUGUGUGGCCAACUUGUAUAAUCUCAAGACCAUGGGAGUCUUUAUCUGUGCUCCCGAUGGUUCGCUAAGUAUGUAGAUAGCCUGGUAGAUGCUUGGUGGCUGUAUGGCACAUACCUAGCAGGCUAGAGCAGUUAAUCCUCAGGUCACAGGUUUGAAUCCUCACCACCAAGUCCAGAAAGUUAGGUUCUACCCCCUUCUUUGUGAGGUACCAAGUGGGGGGAUGCAUGGGGCCUGUGUGCAACUAGAUCUGACGAUUGGUUUGCACAUGUAUACCUCUAUGCCCCUCUGACCAGUCCAAAGGUUGCUGUCAUAGUUUGUCAAUGCACAUGAGCACCAUUGGGAGAGUAGGGACAAUUGGCUGAGACAUGAGCACUAGUCCAAAGGAUGCUGUCAUAGAUAGAUGCAGGGAGUGACAGCAGCUUAGGAGUCAUCUCAUCCAUCUGCUCAUCGUCUUCUAUUCUCAUUCUCCUUGAAGAACUGAGCGGCAGAUGUGGUGUAAGUGAGGAGGAGAGGAAGUUGUUUUGCUUUAAGUUCUGCACUGUCUAUUUGCGCCUAUUGCAGCUAGUUUAGCUAACAGGGAGGGAGACAGAGCAGCAGCUCAGGAGUCGAGAAUUGCAUGAUCUCUGUGAGUAUAUCCAGUGACUGUGACCCACUCUAGCAGGAGCUUUUGCAGCUAUUUCACUUUCUCAGGCGUCUGUUAGUGUGGGCUUCUUAACGUAUGCCAGCCAUUGUA